AUGAAGACCUUCGUAGCUUCUUUACUCGUCACUUCACUCAUCGCUAUUAGCGCAAGUGAAUCCAUAAAGAAAGUGCAGAAACGUGGACUUAUCGGUGGCAACCAUGGCUUUGGCGUAUCAGGCGAAGUAGCUUCAGCUGACUCCGGAUACCUCCCACCUGUAUCCUCUGUAACAUCUGUCAAGAAACCCUAUGUAGUGUCCUCCGCUCCAGCCUUGUCCUAUGGUGUCCCAGCGUCAGUGUCAUCUUACUCUGUUCCAGCUUAUGAAGUUCCAGUCUCUGCAUCAGUUCCAUCCUAUAGCAGCUCUGUUUCGUCAGCAGUUCCAUCCUACACCGCUUCUGUCUCCGCAGUCGCAUCUUAUGGUGCCCCUGUUGCUGCACCUCUUCCAUCUUACAGCGCCUCUGUCUCAGUACCAAGUUCAAGUUAUGGUGUCCCUAGUCUGUCACCAGCACCAGUUCACAGCAGCCCUGCUCUAGCUGCUUCAGUACCUUUGUCCGUGGGAUCCGUCAGUGUACCUAGCACUUCUUAUGGUGUACCAAGCGCCGUUGUACAUUCCGUGCCAUCUGUGGGAGUCUCAUACAACUCAGCCAAUUAUCCAAGUAGAAAUUAUGGUGUACCAUCAAGCUACGUUUCUGGAGGUGGACUUUCACUGGAUUCUUUCAACGUGCCUAGCAAAGUUUAUGGAGUACCUAGCUCAGGUAGCUAUAGCAGUGGAUACUCUAGUGGAUCAGUAUCAAUUUUAUCGUCGGGCAGCUUGGCAUCGAGCUCUGCUCACGCAGCUUCCAAUGAUGGAUAUUCAUACUCUGUACCGUCGAAACAAUUACUUGUCUAA